AUGGUCAAGCAAAUAGUCCAUUUUUGUGUAAUAAACAUCUUAUGCACAUUCAUACUAUUCGCUACUCUUACACAUACAAUUAAUUACAAGCAAAAAAGUUUUGCUUUUUUAAUUCACCCAUCGCACAGUCAUAUUAAUCACAAAAUACAAGCAAGUUGUGAUAAGGAUACUGACUUAGAACUUGCCAUUAACAAAUCUACCCUUGAUAAACUUAAGGACGCUGAUAAUAACCAAAUUAGUGGAUUGAAUUCAUCCAUAGACAUAAAGGAUUUUUCUCAUGCAGUUAAGGGGAGGUUAAAUGAAUGGAAUCCAAGUUGGGAACCGGGGAAUAAGAUAAUGGGUUUUUUUCCUAUCAUCAUCGAUGAUUUAACUAACCAACCUAAUCCCUUGCAACUUGGAUUUGAAGAUACUAUCAGAUUUAGAGGUAAACACGUUCAAUCAGUCUUUAAUUCUCUGCUUGAUAAAACUGAAAUCUUUGAUAUUAAUGGUGAAAAGCAGAAUUUUGAUGCUCCUGUCUUUGGAAUGUGUUUUUUGAAUGUAGAAAAUGGACAAUUAGCUCCGUUGGCCGUUUACGGUGCGCUGUUGGAUAUGAAAGUUAUGGAGGGUCCAAGGAUUGAAACUAUACUCGUAAAAACUAGAGUUUUGGGUAGAGUUAUAAUUGAUAAAAUAAUUGCUGAGGAGCCCUACAUCAAGGCCACGAUUUCACCCAUUGAAGACAAACCUGGUAUUAUGAACCCUAAUGACACUAAGCGUACAAUUGAUGAAAUAAUGAAAUAUCACGAUAAAUGCAAUGAGACAGAAGCGGAAAUGAUGAUUAAAUUAGAACAACAUGAUGGAGCUGAGAAGAUUAGAUCAAGAAUGAAAUUGAGCGAGCAAUUGGAUAAUAUAUUGCCAUCAUUCGGAAUAGAUCCCUCAAAUAGUGAACAUUUACAGGCGUUUGGUCAAUUAGUAGGUAAUAUAGCAUUUGAAUCACACUUAAUAGCUGCGGAAAGAUAUGAUGCAUUGCUGCUGCAAAAUACAGAAGAUAGGCUAUUAUACGUGCGAAACAAGUUAAAGGCCAAAUCUAAACAACUUGAGAUAAUUAACAAGUCUUCAAAGGAGGAAUUGGAAAAUUUAAUGAAGUCGAUACAAGAUUUGCAAAUAAAGGAAGGUGAUGUCCCAGCGAAUGGUGUUGGCGAGGGUGGUGUAGCUCAUGACAUCGCAGCCACAGUUGGUACUGAUGAAAAUGAAAAUAGUCAAAGUUUGAAUGUAGAAUAA